GUUUCGUUUCCACGCGAAACCAUCACCACUAACAACAGGGCCUACGUUGUUUGUUUGAUAUCGAUUGAAUCCGAAAUUUUUCACAUUCCGUCGCCCCAAAAAAGUCAGUCAGAUUCCGUUCCGAAUUCCGUAACACCCGAAAUGACCUACCGCAGCCACAUAGUCGGUCCGUCGCGCGUGUUCGACCACAUCUACGAUCCGCUGUUUGUGGCCUCCGACCGGAAGGACGUCUGCCGGGCCAACAAUGCCGCCCUAAGUCGUUCCGCCCCUAUCGGAAUCUUCCCGGUGUACCAAACCAUGUUCAGCGAGCUACCGCGGAUGACCCGAAACCAUUACGUAAUGCAUCGGAAUCCCCUGCCGUACUACCCGGUAGUGCAGGUCACCUCGAGUAAGUCUGCUGCCAUUCCGGAUGUGUCGCGCAUUUUGGGAACUGAACGGUCCAAGUUCUUUUGCCAUCCGACGGCAGGGGAAACUGGGACGAUCCUUAAGAUGAGCGGAGAAAGUGUUGAGGAGUUUUGCCACUGUGACCAAUCGGCGGAACCGCGGGUUAAAGAUGCGGCGUCGCAAACGGUUUACCGGGAAUCAUCGGCCCAAACGCAACCCUGGAUGCCAACGGCUGUGCUGAAGGAUGCCGACUUUGGAACGGCGGAGAUCGUGUACGUCGCGGAGAUGCUGCAGCACACGCAGUAUCCCGGAAUCAACGAGGUUGAGAUCGUUGAACGUGCACGCAAGAAACGGAACUGGGAGUAUGCACUGGGGAGUUGCGACUCCGCCGAUGAAUGGGCCCAGCAAAAGCUAACGCUGCAGAUCUUCGAGUGGGAAGAAUGGGUCGCCCGGGAGCGUCAAAUCGAUCGGUACCAGAUGCUGCGACUCCAGCUGGUCGCGAAGAUCAUGGGCAAACGCGAGCGGGACACGCGCCAGGCAACGGAGUGCAAGAUGGAGAACACUAAGAACCGGAUCAACGAGCAGCGUAACAAGGCUAUGGAGAAGCUGAGGAUCAAGUACGAGCGAGAAAUGCGCAAGCUGGAGAAGAAACGGAACGACUCGAAGGCCAACAAGUUCCGAUCGCCACAUGUUCCGAAAGCGGAGGACGUUACGACGGUUGUCACCAAGAAGGUGUGCAAGAAGUCGUACAACUACGAUCCCAACCUGAUUGAAGUCGGUCUAACGAAGCUGGAACGUAAGAUCACGGUUACACACAAGCUGAAGGACGUCAACAAUCAGCGUCCCGAACUAUGGAAACCUAAGGAAGUAUGCCGUGAGUUCCAGAAAGGGUUCUGGUCGGAUCACUUCCUACGAAAGUUGUAUGAUUCUCUUAAGCACUUCCGUCACAAAAAGGAGACCAAAUCGGCAGUACCAGAAUGCCUAAUUGUGGUAUCCUCACCAACCGAAAGCAUCAUCACCUCUCCGCCCAGAGUCAGCGAGGAACGUGAGGAUGACAACCUGUACCAGCAAGCUGUCCUGCUUCAAAAACUCUUACGCGGACGUGCCACCCAAGAAAUGAUCCACAAAGACUACGCCGCCGACCGAGACCUCGUUGAAGACCUGAUCGCUACCCACCGACUCCCGGUCGUCGAAGAAUUCUUUCCGAUCGCUCCCAUCAAGACCGGAAGUGUGCGCGAGAAGUACCUCCACAUUCUGCGCAACGAGCAACUCCUCGACGAAUUCAUCGAGAACUCAACCCACGCCCAGAUGAGCUCACUGAUGUCCACCCUAGAGCGAGAACUUACCCGUCUCCAGAACGAACGCAACACCCAAGCGUUCUACAUGCUAACCGAGCAGGAACGCUACUUCCGGGAAGCUCGCGAAACGCGUCACAUCUCCGAAAUGAAGUACCAGGACAACGAGGAGCUGGCGAUCUACCUGGAAAACGCCCUGUUGGAAAAAGCCGACGAGGACAGUCUGAGCGAAACUCGCUCUAAAAUCCACGACCUGGUCAAACGGUUCGACUCGGAGGCGGACAAGCGCAUCUCCUCCCAAGAGGAGGAACCGGUCCAGCAAAGCCAUGGCACGAUCGCGUCCUACCUGCUGGACGAGAUGAUGAUGCCGGACGCGUUCCGACGGCUUGCGCGCGAAAGCAUCAAGCAGAAGCAGAAACCGCUGCUUGCGGAAGCUCACGAGACGAUCUUUGCGCAGUCCGUGCAGGAAUUUAAACCACUCGAUUCGGUUCCAGAGGAGGUCAUGGAGGUGCUGCGGCAACAGUCCGAGGAACGGGAGGCGGAGCAGAAGCCGCAGGACGAUGACGGUGCUCCCGAUUUGGAGACGCGCAGUGAAGGACAGGUUAUCAUUGGGGAUAUUUUGAGCAACGUCGUCGAUAUGUCCGUCAUGUCCGAGAAUGAAGUUGAGGAAAUACCGGAGGAUGAAGGGACGGAUGGGAUUGGCGUGAGUGGAAGCGUUAGCGUUGAAGAAGAUGGUGGCCAGAUGGCGACGGAAAUAAUUGUGGAUCUUUUGGGGAACGUUUUUGAAAAGGAUGAGAUUGAAAAGUAAAAUAAAACUACAACUUUUAGUGCGAUUUUAUU